UUUGUUCGGUACACCCACAGCCAGUCUUGGUGCUAGUCCGGGUCAGACGAACACCUUCGCAUUCGGCAACAGUCUGAAACCCGCAGGAACCACUAAUCUAUUUGGUACAGCCACGGUAACCACAGCGAACGCUCUAAAACCCGGAGGACUGUUUGGGACGCCUGCAUCAUCGGGCACCACAUUUGGCUUUGGUGCUGGUCUAACGAAUACUCAAACUCCCGCAUUUGGUGGUUUCGGAACUGGAACAGCAUCCAGUGCGGGUGGACUAUUCGGUCAAAAUACCACGAACUCGUUGACUGCAAAAAAGACGUUCGGAUUUGGUACGGGAUUCACUAAUACGACUGUUUCAUCCGCUGCUACUCCUGGGGUGUUUGGAUUCGGUCAAGGAACACAGGCCGGCGGUCUAUUCGGCGGUGCUACCGGUGCGACUGUUUCGUCAACCGCGCCGACAUUUGGGCUCGGUGCGACACCCACUGGCACUGGAUCUUCAUUGUUUGGUACCGGCACAACCGGAUUCGGGAUAGGUCAGAAACCGGCUACACUGGGUGGAUCCGGUGGUUUCGGCCUGGGCACAACCGGGUUCGGUCUUGGCAGCGGAACUGCUGGGUUGGGGGGAGCUGGAACUGGUCUCAGUAAGCUUGAUUUAAGUAGUUCUUUUGUUAUCGCAUUGUGCCUGGGCGUGUAUAGAUCCCAGCAGCAACAGCUUGGCACACUGGGCGGUUCUGUGGCCGGUUUGAACGCAAACGCUUCCGAACAAAUGGCGCAAGCAGUACGCGCUCAGCAACAGGUGCUGGAACUGGUACGCAGUAUGCCCUACGGUCAAUCACCACUUUUUCGCUAUUUGAACACAUCGUCAGCAAGUAGUGAUGGAGUCGCGGGAGCCGACGAAAAUAAGGAUGGCACUACAAGCGCUACCGGCCCCGGCGGAACUGCAGUGGCCCCGGCAAAGCUGUUGUUCUCUGGUUUCUACGAAGACGACGCCCUUCUAUCUCCUGCUGGUCCGACCGGCGCGUCUGGGAUGCGUGUUCGUCGUUCGGCCACCGUCAAUGCUGACGGCAGCGGACUUGAUACCAGUAUUCUGGGCACGAAACCUCCAGGGAAUGGAACUGGAGCAGUUAUUGGUGGCUUUUUUGUUCGACGAGACGAAUGGAAACGGUUGCAUCUUCCGGAAAAUAUUCGAGCCUCCAUUCUGGAGCGUUCGGCUUCAUCAGCUAAGGAAAUGAGCACACUGGCGGAGGCUGCUAUCGAUACAGAUCGUCAUCCACUCUCGGAGGACGACAGCGCAAAUAGAGGUACCGGAAGAAAUUGGGGCUCUGGUGACCUAUCCUCACCGGUUGUGGUGCGCACGGAAAAACCGGGGCCUGAACGACUACCACCCAAUCCGAUUUCGACAAAAUCUCUUGUGCCUGCAGCUGUUUCUACACCUGGAACUCCUCGCAUCGGUGGCCUGAAGGAUGCUAAUCAAACACCAGCCAUUCGUAUAAUGGCUUCUGGUCGAUCUGGUCUGGGGUUAGCCCAAGCGCGUGAGGCGUUAAAGACCGGCAGUCGUGAUGAUUCUGUUUUACUUGAAGAUUUGGACUCCACUUGGACUUCGCCCAAUGGGCAACGCGAUGCAACUUUGCCUAUGGGAGGUAGUGACACGACGCCAAACGAUUGCCGUUCUCACGGUGUUUCGUCUCAUGCCUUGGAUGACCGGUCCAAGACAUCACCUCCCAAAUCACCCAAUUCUAUUGGGAUCAAACUAACCAAGCCCGGAUAUUACACAUUGCCUACGUUAGAAGAGUUAGCCUCGAUGGUGGACGAGAAGGGCGGAUGCAUUGUUGAAGACUUUGUGAUUGGUCGUCGUCAUUACGGGCACAUUCUUUUUCCCGGCCUAACCGAUCUCACUGGCAUCGACUUGGACGCGAUCGUGCACAUUCGUCGACGUGAAGUAGUCGUCUAUCCGGACGAUGAAAAAAAACCGACUGUGGGUUUGGGUCUAAAUAAACGGGCGGAAGUGUGCUUGGAAUCUAUUUGGCCCACGGACAAGGCGACGCAUGAACCAAUCAAAUCGCUGGAACGUUUGGCUGUAAUGCGAUUCGAGGAACGACUGGAACGAGCUACACGUCGAAUGGAUGCCCGGUUCAUUGAAUAUCGACCGGAAUCUGGUUCGUGGGUGUUCGAAGUGAAGCACUUCUCCAAGUAUGGUUUACAAGAUUCUGAUGAAGAAGAUGCACCUUCGGAGUCUGGUCAUGCUGCCAUAGCCAACAAUCAAGCAGCCGGCACUUUGACGGCCGGAGGUCAUCCUCUGGAAUCGGACAUACUCACGUCAUCAGCUCAUCUUCGUACGAGUUUACUGGUCACAAAAAGAUCAUCAGAACAGCGCGACGAGCCGAGAGAAUCAGAGAAAACUGAACCGGCUAUUAGUGAUCGUCAUCUGUGGGCGCCGUUUACGACUUCGAAAUUGGAUCCUUCGAUCAAUUUCCUAUCUCCAGUCACCACCUUUGCAACAUCUGCAUCCCAUACGCCGGAAGCUUGUUUGAGUUUACACGGAGAUGAGACCACUAGGGACUACGGUCGGCGAGAACAGUCAACUGUCGCACUAUUUGGUGGAACUCAGAGUCUUUCGGUCCCAACGAAUGUAGUCCGACAAAUGCGUCAUGCGUUUUUUAGUCCGGCUCGUUCUGGAUCACGUUCCCGGCGAUCGGGUUUGCGAUUCGGCAUGCAGCCGGACGGGGAUGAUGAGGAGAUCGUGGAGGACGUGGAUCAGCAGGAUGAUCAUGUAAAGCAAAAUGGUACAGAUCGAGACGUUGAGAACUGGCCGCAGAUACGAUAUGAUCUGAAGCAGAGCGGUUGCGGAGGAAGCAAACGGUUUCCACCAUCUCCCGCCUCUAUGUAUGAAGAAGAAAUCAACGGGCAAAAGUUUGGUGUCCCUCGUCCGGUCGGUGGGUUGGACUCAAAACCCGAUGAAAAAUCAUUUUUUAUACGUUAUUCUACCGAUCUGGCAGCUGUUACCACUUUGUGGACCAGCGGUAUGCGGUUUUUAUUUCAUUCACUCUUUAUUCCUGACCUCUAA